GUGCCGGGACAGCGCGGCGCCGGGAGCAGGGAACGCCAUGGCGGAGCGGCUGUCGGAGGAGCAGAUCGCCGAGUUCAAGGAAGCUUUCUCCCUCUUUGACCGGGAUGGGGAUGGCUGCAUCACCACCAAGGAGCUGGGCACCGUCAUGCGGUCGCUGGGGCAGAACCCCACCGAGGCCGAGCUGCAGGACAUGGUGGGAGAGGUGGACGCCGACGGCAGCGGCACCAUCGACUUCCCGGAGUUCCUGUCGCUGAUGGCGAGGAAGAUGAGGGAUACGGACAGCGAGGAGGAGAUCCGGGAAGCUUUCCGUGUCUUCGAUAAGGAUGGCAACGGGUACAUCAGCGCGGCGGAGCUGCGGCACGUCAUGACCAACCUGGGUGAGAAGCUGACGGACGAGGAGGUGGAUGAGAUGAUCAAGGAGGCCGACUGCAACAACGACGGGCUGGUCAACUACGAGGAGUUCGUGAGGAUGAUGACAGAGAAGUGA